AAGGGGCUGGGAGAGGACAGUAAGAGUGAGUUUGGGUGGGAGAAAUAGGGUGUUUGCAGGAGGGAGGAAGAGGGGAGCCCUCAGGCGCACCUGGCCGCUCUUCCUCUCGGGCCCGGGUGAGUUUGGGGUGUCCGGGGGAGCUCGGAGGGAGCGGCGGCCGCGCUGUCCCUGUGGGACACGAUGGUGCCAAGGGACGGCUCCUCCUGGGCACGCCCGGAGCCGCGGCCCUGAGGAGGAUAGUGCGGGGCAAUGGUUGUAGGAGGGUGGUAUUUUAUUCUUUUGAGCAUCCUGAAGUGUUGCUUUCAGAUGAGAGGCCUUUCCUUCGUUCGUAAAAAGAAAUCCCAGGGAGAAUUUGCAGCGAGUAGGUUGCGGAGGGUCACGUCGUGGCUUUGGCGUAACUGUUUCAGAAACUGGUUUUUAACUAAAGUUUGCUUCUCUCUCUGAGAAAUUUCCAGGAGGAUGAUACCCUGGAAUUUGUACACUUGAUAAGUUUCAGUGCAGACACUGAAUAAUGCAAAGGUGUAAACAGUAGUGGAGGUGUACUCGAUUUACCAGUGGCUUAAGCCGAUGAGAUGUGACGUGUUAAAACAUCUUCAGGUCCAUUUUCUGCAGAAUAUUGAAGCUCAGUGGUAGCAGGGCUUAGCAAAUCUCAGUUGUGCAGGUACAAUUAUCACAAAAUAUUCUAAGUUGAAAGGCACUCACAAGGAUUGUGCCAUUUAUCAAGAAAAGGACUCACAAGGAAAAUAUGUCACCACUGCUGUGUGGAACAAGUGUGUUAGUGAUAGCAGAAACAGAUCAGGGUCAAAUAGUUGAUGUCUUCUUUGCAACAGACUUGACCUGUAAGGUCUCCCAAGGCCUUUUGUCACAAGGCAGAGCUUAAGGAGGGGAGGAACUACAAGUUGUGGAAGAGGAUUGAAGCAGGAUUGUUCCCCUGAUAAGUCCUUGGGCCCGGGUAGACUGCAUUCAAGGGUGCCAGCAGCUGACAGUGUCUUCUGACAAAGCUGCUUCCUGUCAUCUUUUAAAGGCCAUGAGACUGGGGGAGAUCCCAAAGACUGGAGAAAGGCAAAUCUUAUCUUCAUAAAGGGUGAGGGACAAGCAAGAGAACUACAGACUGGUCAGCCUCAUUCCUUCCUGCUGUGGAAGGAUCGUGGAGGAACCCAGUUGUGGCAUGAGAAGGUAAAAACUGAGAAGAGCCAGAUCUACCAAGGAUAAAUCAUGCCUGAUCAAUUGGCAUGUCCUCUGUGACUAAAUAGCUAGAUCUGGAGAUGGAGGGAGUGUUGGAUACCAUCUGCUGUGGGCUUAGGGGGAUAUAAUGGGAGCUAUAAUUUUCCUGAGGAUAUUAUUGGAAAGAUAGAGCCAGUGUUCUUACUCACAUGCACAGUGGGAGAAUGAGAGACAGCACAACUUAAAACCUCAAAUUCAAAGCAAGGAAAUGAGGACAAUGAGGCAUUGGGACAGGUUGCCCAGAAAGAUAUUUGCAUUCCUGUCUUUGGAGAUUUUCAGGAUCCAGGUGGAAGCUGGUCUGAAUUCAAUGUUGACUUUGCACUGAACAGGAGGUUGCAGAUGGUGACCUUGUGGGGUCCCUUCCACAAGGAAUGAUUCUGUAAUCCUGAAAUAAUUCACUGUUUCUGUGGAGGAAACAGUAAAUACAGGGCAUUAGUGCAAUUUUUAUAAUAUUAGAUAAGCUGGUUACAGUGAUAUUGAUUGGAAUACUAAUUUAAAAGAACAUUAUAAAAUAUGCUGUAGAAUGGAAUGUAAAAUUAAGGAUGCCAGUACCAGUAACUCUGUAGCAGGAGAUCUUAUAUGUGUCUUAAAAGAUUCUUUGAAGACGAUGACAAGGAAAUUAGAACUGAUUAAUACAAUUGUUCUCAUUAAUACAGUUAUCCAGACUACUGAAGUGCGUGAGUUUUGAAAUGUCCCUUGUGGAAAGUAACUGAGAAAUUAUCCUGUCAUAAAUCAAGUGCUGAUUAAGAUACUUAAGUAGCAAAAACUGAAAAUAGCAAUUCAUUUUUUCCCACUUUUAAGAUUUUCCUUGAUCUACUCUUUUCAGACUCAUGAGAUCUGAAAGUGACCUGGAAGAGGCAUUAUUGGUAAAUAAACAAAAUCUGCCACUGUCACUGUUAAUAGAUGUAGACAGGAAGAAGGUAAAUUCUGAGGAACAAAAGGAUCUAAAGUGACAGGGAAAAGUGAAUUGAUUUUAUGGCGGUAAAUGAAAAACAGUGCAGUGAGAGUGUUGAAAGGAAUCAUAAGCUGUUGAUUCAUGUGACUGUGUUUUAAGGUAACUGCUACAGAUCUUGAAUGUAGCUGAAAAGGAUAUGUGAGUGAAAGGCCUUUUAAUCAUAAGUGGCAGUAAAAAAUAAAAAUAUUGAUGAGUCUAUAAAAGGAUGGCAUAAUAGCAGAAGUCCAUAAUAGCAUUGCAAUGUAAAUAGAGGAGGUGUACUUUCUUGGAAAAAUAUCUUUAGUGGUACACCUGCCUCAGAAAAUAAUAGGAAUUGGAGCUCAGAAGCAAAAGGUUGAAAAUAUGACCAAAUCUGAAAAUGUGAUGGAAGUAGAUCCAUUUAGCUGCAAGUUAUGAUGAAUAAGAUAACACAUGGGCAGAUACGCAAAACAGUAGAUGGCAAAUGAGUGAAAAGAAGAAGAGGGCAGCUACGCCCUAUAGAUGGAAUCAGUUUUAAAUUGGAAGACCAUGUGUUCUGUGGAGUGCACAGUUAAGGUUGAUUGUAUUUGGCAGAAGACAAUAGUAUACUCAAGAAAUGAAAGAAUCCCAAACUUCUUGGGUGUUUUAAGAAUAACAACUCACUGAAUGACAUCUAUGUUUCCCCAUAGAUUUAAAUCACUUAGAAAAACCCACCUUGGGAGGUAACAGAGACCUAAGUUGAGAAAGGUGCUUUUAGGGCUGGGCUGAUGGGUGAGUGCUGGGUUGCAAAAGAGUCUGCUUGCUUGGUGCAAAAUCUGUUCUGCUCAGGGUUCAAGGGUUUUAACACAGCCCUCUGAUCUCACAGCUGCAUUAUCAAUCUAAUACAGAAAAGACAGUGUCAUACCUGCUGUUUUCUAAGUAGUGUUUUAAUUAUCUCCUAUACGAAGAUUCCGCUUCAAGAAGAAAGUCAAGGAGGUCUGUCUUGCAGAAUAGCCUAUGCCAUCAUCAUUGAAACACUCUGCUGGCCUUGUCUCAUGGCUGUCACAUUGCUGUAUGCUGACCUGACUGCCAGAGGAGCAGUUUGUGCAUGAAAAGACGAAUGAGUGAAAUUGGAUCUUAGGUUUAUAAGUGUCAAACCACUGUUAGAUACUUUAAAACAGUUUGAUCUGCAAACAUCUGGAAAGGGCCACUACCAAAAGCAAUAAUUUGCCUUUUGGACCAGGACAGAUGUUAGUAACCUGUUAGACAGCAGUGUUAUUAUGGUCCUUAUCGUAAGGAGCGCAUAGUUAUCAAUUUGCUUUUUUCAGAUGAUGCUGUUUUUAAGACAGUUAUUGAUGUGUUCAUCUUUGCAUUGAAUAUGCUUCCCUUCUCUAAUUCACUAAUAGAUUUUUUUUUAACUUUGAAGAUACAUGCCUAAACUGAGCAUAUUGAGUUGUUUACUAAGCCCAGUUUUCUCUCUUCUCAUGAGAAAUUUCUUGUGAUAUGGUAGUCGUGAGUGUAGUAGCCUGGGACAUGAUAAUUGUCCUCAAGAACAGAGAAAGAAUUGCUGCAAUUACAUAGCAAAUAAAGGAAUAAAUAUGGAGAACCCUUGUGAAAUUUGGGGUUUAACAGUUCCUUUCAAUAUAUGUCUUUAAAAAGGUAGAGCUAGAAACAAAUCUGGGAAGUGUUACCUUCAGAGAGAUGAAAAUUGAAUUAUGUUUACAUUUUUUCUCAAAAUAUUAGAGAAUGGCUGUGAAUGACUGUCGAGGUUGCCUGUUUCUCAUGUACAUAAGUAUAUAUUCCUGAUAGAAUUCUUCUUUCCCUCAGAGAAGAACUUGAAGGAUUUUUUUUUAACAGAGAGUUCUACAAAAUUUCUGAAAUUAGUGUUUCGAUUCUGCGGUUUUCAUUCAACAGAAGGUUUAGCAGAGUCCUGGUUUAAGAGUAUGUGGUACUGACACUUGGAAGGCAUGUUCACAGAACAAAGAAAUGUGGGACAUAAUCUACCCAUAGAUCUCAAGAGCAGCCUGAGCAUUUUUCAGAGGCAGAUGGUUAAAGAAAAGGGGAUAUGUGCUUUCUGUGCUCUGUGAAUUCACUUUUUGUCAUCAUCAGAGAGAGACCGAAUUGCCAGGACGGGGCUUGCGCUGCACUCUGUGCUUGAUCAGUGAUACAGCUGAGUAGCUGACACAACUAUGGCUGCUACAGUGAACUUGGAGCUGGAUCCCAUUUUUCUGAAGGCCCUGGGCUUUUUGCACUCAAAGAGUAAGGACUCUGCUGAAAAGCUGAAAGCACUUCUUGACGAGUCGUUGGCCAGAGGAACUGACUCGAGCUAUCGUCCCUCUCAGAAGGAAGUAGAGCAACCAAAAGUAUCUGUCACCAAACCCAUUAAGCAAGAGCCUAAAGCUUCAUCCAGUUUGCCUUCUGGCAACAACAAUGGCAAGCCCACUGCAUCAGAAAAGGUGAAAAAAGAAGCAGAAAAGAGAUCUGCAGAUAAAACAAAAGGGGAUCCUGCUGAAGGAGCUGAUGCACCAAAGAAGCCCAGGGUGGAGAAGCAAGAGGCUCGUUCCUCUCCUAUUACAGUUCAGACGAGCAAGGAUUUAUCCAUGCCUGAUUUAUCUAGCUUUGAGGAAACCAGUGCUGAUGACUUUGCCAUGGAAAUGGGAUUAGCCUGUGUUGUUUGCAGGCAAAUGACAGUUACUUUUGUGAAUCAGCUAGUGGAGUGUCAGGAGUGCCAUAAUCUCUACCACCAGGAUUGCCAUAAACCUCAGGUGACAGACAAGGAAGUGAAUGAUCCUCGACUUGUCUGGUAUUGUGCCCGCUGUACCAGGCAGAUGAAGAGAAUGGCUCAGAAGACACAAAAACCACCUCAAAAACCAGCUCCUGCAGUGGUUUCAGUUGCACCAGCUUUGAAGGAUCCAUUGGUCAAGAAACCAGAAAUCAAGUUAAAACCUGAGACCCCACCAGCUUUUCUGGCAUUCAAGAGAACAGAAGUCAAGACCUCAGCAGCAGUUUCGGGGAACUCUGCCAGUACAAGCGUUUCCUCUUCAGCAACGAGUGGCCUUACAGGAUGGGCUGCUUUUGCAGCCAAAACCUCCUCUGCCAACCCAUCAACUGCCAAACUGGGAUCGACAGCACAGAGUGCCGGCGGGAAACCCGCAGCUUCUUCAAAUAACCAGAAACCCGUGGGUUUGUCAGGGCUGGCGACUUCCAAGACAGGACUGGGGGCCAAAAUAGCUUCUGCCAACAACAGCACGAACCCCGUUCAGCUGAAGCCUCCCCCGCCGCUGACCCUGGGGAAGACGACGCUGAGCCGCUCGGUGAGCAGCGACAACGUGAGCAAGGCGGGGCUGCCCAGCCCCAGCAGCGCCGCCCCCAGCAGCGGCAGCCAGGCCGGCGGCGGCAACGGCGGCGGCUCCGCGGGCAGCGGCGCGGGCGGCGCCGGCAAAGCCGCGGCUGACAGCGGCAACCAGCCAGCGUCCCUCAAGGGCCCGACCUCGCAGGAGUCCCAGCUGAACGCCAUGAAACGGCUACAAAUGGUCAAGAAGAAGGCCGCUCAAAAGAAGCUCAAGAAGUAGUCUUGCCGCUGGCUGAUGUUGUUCGUUGUGUUCCAUGAGACGGCGGCGUCGGUGUUUUUCUUAAAGGAAAUCCCCCAGGUACUGGACUGAAAGAGGUUAAAUCAGGGAAGCCCAAACCUUAUGUAAUACAGAAGGUCAAACUUUAUUAAUUCUGGUAUUCCUUCUGCCUUUCCAGAUCUGUGGAUUGAAUUUGUUAAAGGAAUUCAUUAUUAUGUGCUCCUGGUUUUGUAGCUCAAAGCACUGAAACUUGAAAUUGUAGGUGUCAGGUAUUUUUUAAUAUUAAAACCCCCACAUUUGUGUAGAUAAUAAAUUGAACUUGCUGAAACCAUCAUUCUUAAAUGUUAAUAAUAAAAGGAUUAUUAAUCUGGGAA